AUGGACAAUAUGACGACUGCCAAUGAUAGUAACACAAUAGCAGAACCAAUUGAAUGGAUUCCUGGUUUACAAUUAGCAGCUUGUAUUUUUUAUAGUAUAAUACUCUUAGUUGGUGUUACCGGUAAUAUUUUAGUUAUAUUUAUUGUGAUGAAAUAUCGGCAUAUGCGCAAUGCAACUAAUCAUCUUUUGACAAAUUUAUCUGUUGCCGAUCUAUUUCUUUUAUUGUUUUGCACAGCUGACGGUUAUCAACAUUUGUACGGAAAAGAUAAACAUCGUUUGGGCAAUUUUAUGUGUCGAUUUAGUCCAUUUGUUCAAAAUGUAACAGCGACAUGUUCUGUUCUAACAAUUAUGGCAAUUAGUUAUGAACGAUAUGUUGCGAUUUGUCAACCAUUAAAAACCAAUCCUCUUCGUUUAACUGUAUUUCGAACAUUACCAACAAUUGUCUUCUUUUGGCUUGUUUCUUGUCUAAUUUCAAUUCCUUUUUUCACAUUUACAAAUACAUAUACAAUGGAAGCAACCUAUGAUGAAUUGAUUGUUUCAUGCUUUACACAAUUUUCUUUAUCAUGGGCAACUUGGUAUCUUAUACCAUGUACAUUGGUGAUUUAUUUAGUCAUUUUAAUGAUGCUUUGCUAUUGGCAUUAUUCUAUUUGUUAUAUAUUAUUUAAUCGUGAAGCUCUUUUACAUGAUAAUACGAUUGUAACACGAUAUCGACGACAAGUAGCACAAUUACUUAUUGCUGUAAUAGUCUCAUUUUUUAUACUUAUUUUACCACAUAAAAUUUGGGGUAUAAUACAAUCACGAUUAAGUGUCGAACAAUUUCGUGAGUUUGGAUUUCAUCGUCAUUCAUUCGUUAUUAUUGUCACACGUUCUUUACUUUAUCUUAAUUCAGCUGUAAGUGUUUUAUCGAAAUCAUAA